AUGGGAGUCAAGAUCCCGCUGGUGCCCGCGGUGGAGCGGCCCGAGUAUGAAAUUCCGCGCACAAUACUCCAAAGACCGAAGGCAACGUUGAUCCAGUGUCGGAAGGCCGAGGCGAGGCAGGAUCAAGAUAUUCCUGACUGCCCACCCUUGGACGAGUCGCCGUCGGACAAGUCGCCGUCGGACAAAUCGCCGGUGGAGAUGCGACCGUUGGAUCUAGCGUCUGUCGCGAGUGAGGAGUCGGAUCUGUCGUCCAUCGUAGACGAAGACUCUAUAUCGCAUGCCGUGACGGUCAAGGAGGCGCUAGAAGAUGUGGAUCAAGUGACGCCGGACAAAUGGGCGACUAAUCCGCUGGUGGGGGAAACUACAGACAUGGAAGGAAUGCGAGAAGAAGAUGACCGAGAUGAAAUUGAGGAUGUCAGUCUGGAUCAACUACGUUCGAGAGGCCAAGAUCAAGGAACAUCGCCGUCGAAAGGUGGCGGAUCGGAUCUGCCAUCAAUGAUGAGUGUACAGCCUGGGACAGGACAUAUGCCCGGUGAUCCGUUGAACGACAAGUGCGCCGCAUCUAUGCCGCAAAAAACGGACAUGGAUCCAUCACCUAUUGUUGAAGAUCAACCAGGCACAUCGGAUCUAGAUCUUACCUGGGACUCAGAUCAAGAUUAUGAUGAAUGCGUGUAUUACCAUGAAGGAAGCGAUCUAUACGCCGAAGAUGUAGAUGGUCAGAUGGUGGUGCUGCCAGAAGUACCUGUGACGAUGGAAGAUGUGAAGAUCGAGGAUAUUCAACUAUGCGGAUCUGAUAGUCAGACUCCAGAGGAAAUCGAGCGACUUCGCCAAAAGAUCUGGAAGUUCCGACAUCUCUUGAUCGGGAAAGGAAAUGCCCUUCCGCCGGCAGCUAGAGGUGUGGUGUGCGAUAUCGAUGUCAGGGGAGCGAGACCCAUCACCCUUAAGUGCCGUAAGUUGCGGAUCCAGUUCAGGGAGAAGCUAGCAGAUCUGAUCAAGGGUCUAUUGUCCGCCAAGAUGAUCAACUAUUCCAGAUCACCAUGGGCUUCCCCCAUCGUGGUGAUCAUUAAG